UACCUAAGCUGUUUAUUGAUACUUCCUUGGUUCUCGUCGGUGAUCUACCCUUACGCAAGUAGCUGAAUGCACUGCUGUGACUAACUAGUUUUAUGUUGAUACAUGGGUAGUAUGUCUUGCAGCCACAUGGUAGGACGACUGCGAACAUUCCCUUUCUUAUCCCUACAAGCCACCCGCGCUUGCAAGAGAUCACAUGUCACCACUCCAUCUCCUAAAAGGAAUUUAGGCCAACUUCACCCUUCCAAUCCACUUCUCGACCUCAGCAAUCACACAUCAAACCUACCACCUCCGAGUUCCCUCACAAUUAUUCCAAAUUUCCUCUCACCAGCCCAACAAGCCCUCAUUACCAAAUCUGCCGACAAAAAGCUACGGCGGCUAUGCGGUCGGGAGUACUGGAAAGGCCAUUUUGAUGGUGUGAUUGAGAAAUAUCGUGAAUGCUCUGUAGGAGCUUGGUCUCGAAGUGGAGGGGAUGAACCCGAAAUUGUGGGUAUUGUGGAUGAAAUUAAAAAGGUUGUGGAGGAAGUGGUGGAAGCGGAUGGUGGUCGGGUAGGAAAAUGGUUGGAUCCUCAUAUUUUGGAUUUGGGGGAAGGAGGGGAGAUUAGAGGUCAUGUUGAUAAUGUGCAGGCAUCGGGGACGAUUAUAACGGGUCUUUCCCUUCUUUCAUCAGCCGUUAUAAUAUUUCGGCAGGUCAAAGACCCAACGCAAUCUUUUAGCGCCCUCGUCGAACCAGGAAGCCUCUACAUCCAACGAGAUGCACUCCGGUUUGAUUACACGCAUGAAAUACCUGAUGAUCCGGCUUUGAGAAAGUUCAGAGGGAACACGAUUCCCAGAGGUCGGCGUAUUUCGAUUAUGAUGAGGAAUGAGCGGGAAGUAGUCUAGAUUUAUAGCAUGAAGAGCAUUUUAGAAGCAUGAUGCAAAAAACUGUUUUUUUAAAUAUUGUCCAAAAUGUGGAAACAUGUCACAACAAAUGCUAUAUAUACAUGAACGUUUGGAUGAA